UUCAGAGCUUAAUGCUUUUCUGCAGAAGAGGAUACAUCUGACUCCACAUUGUUCUUCAAAGGAACCAGGUUUCAUCACUAAGCCUCACACUUUAACAAGUCCCAAAGAGUAAAAGGCAAACGUACAAAUGUCUACCACAAGACUAAAGUGUGAUAUGUUAUGUUUUUUACCAUAAGCACCCAUAAAAUGAGCUCCAUUGCAGACAGAAAUGAUGGAAGCAUUUUUGAUGGGUUGGUGGAAGAAGAUGACAAAGAUAAAGCAAAAAGAGUGUCUAGAAACAAAUCCGAAAAGAAACGUCGAGAUCAGUUUAAUGUACUUAUCAAAGAGCUGGGUUCCAUGCUUCCAGGUAAUGCUCGGAAGAUGGAUAAAUCCACUGUACUGCAGAAGAGCAUUGACUUUUUACGGAAGCACAAAGAAAUUACUGCACAAUCAGAUGCCAGUGAGAUUCGACAGGACUGGAAACCGACAUUCCUUAGUAAUGAAGAGUUCACACAGUUAAUGUUAGAGGCUCUUGAUGGUUUUUUUUUAGCAAUUAUGACAGAUGGAAAUAUAAUAUAUGUGUCUGAAAGUAUAACUCCCUUACUUGAACAUUUGCCAUCUGAUCUUGUGGAUCAGAGUGUAUUUAAUUUUAUCCCAGAGGGGGAACAUUCAGAAAUUUAUAAAAUAUUGUCUUCUCAUCUGCUGGAAAGUGAUUCACUGACACCAGAAUACUUAAAAUCAAAAAAUCAACUAGAAUUCUGUUGCCAUAUGCUGCGAGGAACAAUAGAUCCAAAAGAGCAGCCUACAUACGAGUAUGUAAAAUUCAUAGGAAAUUUCAAGUGUUUGAAUAAUGUUCCUAACUCAGCGCACAAUGGUUUUGAAGGAACUAUUCAGCGAUCCCACCGGCCUUCGUAUGGAGACAAAGUUUGCUUUGUAGCCACAGUUAGAUUAGCUACACCUCAAUUUAUCAAGGAAAUGUGCACUGUUGAAGAACCCAAUGAAGAGUUCACAUCUAGACAUAGCUUAGAAUGGAAGUUCCUAUUCUUGGAUCACAGGGCACCUCCGAUAAUAGGUUAUCUUCCAUUUGAAGUUUUGGGAACGUCAGGCUAUGAUUAUUAUCAUGUGGAUGAUCUAGAUAAUCUGGCAAAAUGUCACGAGCAUUUAAUGCAAUAUGGGAAAGGGAAGUCGUGUUACUACAGAUUCCUUACAAAGGGACAACAAUGGAUUUGGCUGCAAACACAUUACUAUAUCACGUAUCACCAGUGGAAUUCCAGACCAGAGUUUAUUGUCUGUACGCACACUGUUGUAAGUUAUGCAGAAGUUAGAGCAGAAAGACGGCGAGAACUUGGUAUUGAGGAGUCUCUUCCAGAGAUAACAGCAGAUAAAAGUCAGGACUCUGGGUCUGACAAUCACAUAAACACAGUGAGCCUCAAAGAAGCACUGGAAAGGUUUGAUACCAGCCCCACACCUUCUGCUUCCUCCAGGAGUUCAAGAAAAUCUUCACAUACUGCAGUAUCAGAUCAUUCAUCAACACCAACUAAAAUGACGGUGGACACUAGCACUCCUCCAAGGCAAAGCUUAUCUGGUCAUGAAAAGACUGCGCAAAGACGAUCAUCUCUGAGUAGUCAGUCUUUAAGCUCCCAGUCUCUUGGACAACCAGUAGCGCAGCCGACGAUGUCUCAGCCUGCAACUUUACAGCUCCAGUCUGGCAUGUCCCAGUUUUCAGCUCAAUUAGGAGCUAUGCAGCAUCUAAAGGACCAGCUAGAGCAAAGAACACGCAUGAUAGAGGCAAAUAUUCAUCGGCAGCAGGAAGAGUUGCGUAAGAUUCAAGAGCAGCUUCAAAUUGUCCACGGUCAAGGACUCCAGAUGUUCUUGCAGCAAUCAACUUCUGGACUCAACUUUGGUUCUGUACAACUUGCUUCUGGAAAUUCUUCAAAUGUUCAGCAGCUUACACCAAUAAACAUGCAAGGUCAAGUUGUUCAGACUAAUCAGACUCAAAGUGGGAUGAACACAGGCCAUAUAAGUACUCCCCACAUGAUACAGCAACAGCCUUUGCAGAGUACUGCAACACAGCAUAAUCAACAAAAUGUUCUUAGUGGACACAAUCAACAGUCUUCUCUUGCCAGUCAGUCACAGAACACAGUCUCGGCACCUUUGUAUAACACUAUGGUGAUUUCUCAGCCAACAACAGGAAAUGUGGUCCAGGUUCCUUCUAGCUUACCACAGAACAAUAACCAGAACGCUGCUGCAGUAACCACUUUUACACAGGAUAGACAAAUCAGAUUUUCUCAAGGUCAGCAACUUGUAACAAAACUUGUCACAGCCCCAGUAGCAUGUGGAGCGGUAAUGGUACCAAGUACUAUGUUUAUGGGACAGGUGGUGACAGCUUAUCCCACUUUUGCUGCCCAACAGCAGCAGCCACAGACUUUGUCAGUAACGCAACCGCAACAGCAGCAGCAGCAGCAGCAAAGUCAGCAAGACCAGCAGCAGCAGCUCACCACAGUUCAGCAACCAGCUCAGCCACAGCUGACCCAGCACCCCCAACAGUUCCUACAGACAUCCAGGUUACUUCAUGGAAAUCAGUCAGCUCAGCUUAUCCUCUCUGCUGCUUUCCCACUGCAACAAAGCACUUUUACACAGUCCCACCACCAGCAGCAUCAGUCUCAGCAGCAGCAGCAACUUUCGCGACACAGAACUGACAAGAUGACUGAUCCUUCCAAAGUUCAGCCACAAUAGUGUGGAGCUCUGCCUCUUUUUGAAGCAAACUAUACCAGGAGGGGGCUGCUCUACAAGCAGUUGCACUGAGGCUACAGAGGUAGCAGUAUGAAGGCUUUCUAACACCGCAGUGUUGAGAUCUACUCCUAACUUCUGGAAUCUGUUAAGAAAAGCCACAAGAUGAUGAUGGGGAGAUGGCCAGCGUUGAUAGUUGCCCCAGUUCCUGUGUUCUAAAGGAUAUGCUGCCAUGUGUUAAUUUGUCCAGGGGAAAUCUCAAAACGUGACUGAAAUGAGAGGGAUGCUGAAAAUACUGGUAUUUUUAUCAAUCCUGUACAUUUUUAAAGUAUUAAAAUGGACAUGGAGCAAUUGUUUGAAUUAGCAGAAAAAAAUGCCAGGAAUAUAGUCCAAAAAACAUCUAAUUUUUUUCAGAUUAUUAUGGGACAGUAAAUAUUUUUAAAAUGUUGUGUGAAAUCCAGUUCUCUGUUGUACAGAUGCUGUAAAAUAUUGUGUAUAUGUCUGCAUAAAAGGAGAAAGAGCAAAAUAUUUUAUAUGAUGCAUGAAAAUGUAAUCUGUUAUUUGUAGGUUUGAACAUGUUUCCCUAAAUUCUCAUGCCAUACUCAGACUAAUGUUUUCCUCUGUUCUACCCUUCUGUUUACAACAUGAUGCAUCAUUAUUUUCACCCUUAAUGUGGGCACAAGUCUCUUGUUUGUGCUUUGUCUGUGAUGUCAGGGUUUGUUUGGUGAGAUAUAUAGUGUGUUGGUUAGUUGACUUCUCGAGGUUAAAUUAUUGAUGAAGCUGUUUGAACUGGUGAUCAUGCAUCAGGGUUCAGGACAUUCAGAUUCAUGAAUAUCAUCCAUCAUUUCAUAAUUAAUUAAUCGUUUUAUUUGAAAAAUAGGAAUUUGCACUGCUUUCUUGUGGAUGGUUUGGAAUUUUAUUCCCCAAAGCUAUCUUUUGAUAUAGUUCAUAGUUGGAAAUAUUUAUGUAAAAGGUUUAAAA